UCUGGAUUUUCUUUGGCCUUUCGCUGUUAAAGUGAAAAAUUCGCCUAUUUCCUGUAUUUCGUCUUCAUGUGAAGUGGCUAGAAGUGUGCUUUAGAGUGUUGUGAAUCAUAAUAUUGCUGAGGAAAAUGACCAUGGGUGACGAAACGCCAGUAACAUCGCUGAUUCUGCCUGUUUUGAUACGCCCCAUCUUGUCACAGCUGGAGAGGCGCGACGUGGUGGCUUCGCAGACACUGAGAGCCGCGCUCACGAAGGCAGAGCAGACACACCCGGGCCUCACGUAUGACCUGGUGAUGGGCAUCAUGCGCAAGGGUGAAAUCAGUGUGAACAUGAACGAGAGCAUCCUGCGACUCCAGGGCGCCGCCUCGGAUUCGGACCUCAUUGAGUAUCGCCUCAAUCGCACGGAAGACGCCUUCCAGGAGCUGAACAAGAAGUCCGCGUCGCUGAAGCGCAUCCUCAGCCGAAUACCCGACGAGAUCACAGACAGGAAGACCUUCCUGGAGACAAUAAAAGAGAUCGCCAGUGCCAUCAAGAAGCUGCUGGACGCUGUAAACGAGGUCGUGGGCUUCAUUCCGGGCACUUCGGGGAAGCAAGCGGUGGAGCAGAGGAAGAAGGAGUUUGUCAAGUACUCGAAGAAGUUCAGCACGACGCUCAAAGAGUACUUCAAAGAGGGCCAGGCGAACGCCGUGUUUAUCAGUGCUCUUUACCUGAUUCACCAGACAAAUCAAAUAAUGAUCACCGUGAAGAACAAGUGCGAAUGAAAUUCGACUGCUGAGGGAGGAAAAGACAAGCGAGAAACAGAUGCCAAGCAGUGAACUUGAUUUGACAUUUUGUAAGCGUUAAGUAAUAUUGAUAGAAGAAGAUUUCUCUUAUUAUAGGUGUUAAUAAUCCACAAGGGCAACUUAAUGAUAUAAUUUUUGGUAUUUAGAGGCAAAAUAUUUGUCCGUCAGACAAUUUAUUGUCCACGAAUUGACAUAGCGUAAGUGUAGAUAGUGAAGAAAGUAUUUUGAAAAAAUGUAUAGUAACAAAUGAGUUCUUAUUGUAUUUCGUUAUAAUUUCACCCAUGAAGUAUUUGUGUUAUAAAAAAAAUCUAUGAAGCGUAUAUAAAGUAAACUUU